UAAAAGAAGCCAGCAUCGUAUAGAAUGUUACCAGUUACAAAGAAUCCAUUCAAACAUUCUGAAAAACUUGCGGUAAAAAUCCAUUUUCAAAAUGAUGAAAAUUACAAUUGCUCUCGCUGUAUACUUGGUGGCCAUUGCAUCCGCUGCCCCAUACGUUCCCGUUGUUCCUGUCGUACCUGUAGUCGCUCACCAACCAACCGCAGUAGUUCAUUCUUCAGCUGUUGUACAAUCUCAUCCACCUGCUCCAGUUCGCGUUGUUGUCCCGGCAUCAGUCCACCCAGUCGUACAACCAGUUGUUCACCCUGUUGUUUCUGUACCUGUAGCUUCUGUUCACCCUGUGGCUGGUGUCCACCCCGUCGUACCCGUGGUCCAUUAUUAAUGAUUUUUUAAAACCCACUUAUUUAUUUUGUAAAAAUUAUUUAUUCAACACAAUAUCUUAGAAAUAAUGAAUCGAUAAGGCAUUAAAAAUUGAAUUUAAUUAUUACCUAUAUACUCACAUAUAUUAUUUUACACAAUUUAUAAUAGUGAAAAUUCAAAGUAAAAUUUUAACGCGUUUUGAACUUUAAAUAUUUACUGGUGAUAUUCACACAAACAUGGAACUACUUGUGUCUUAAGGUAAAAAUUGUAUGUUUUACCUGUGUAUGCACAUGUUAAUUUUUAUUGUGAAUGUUUAA